AUGAGGAAAUUGGAUCACGAUAAUGUUAAUCGAUUUAUUGGGCUUUCGAUUGAUGGCUCCGAAUAUAUAGCUAUUUGGCGUAUGUGUUCCAGAGGCACUCUACAAGGUAUUCGCUUCCUGCAAAACUCGAUCAUUGGUUGUCACGGACGUCUCUCUUCGAGUUGUUGCUUGGUGACUGACAGCUGGCAGGUUAAAAUAUCUGACUACGGCACCGACUCUUUGCGAGAGAAUGAUCGAUUAAAGAAAAGACGUUUAUUAUGGCUAGCUCCUGAACAUCUGCGAUCACCCGAGACGUCGGCCAAAAAGUCCAAAGAGGGCGACAUAUAUUCUUUUGCUAUUGUAGCCUCUGAGGUCGUAACGCGGAAAUCUGCAUGGAACUUGAAUGAACGGAAAGAACGAAAGGAUGGUGAACUAGGUUUGGUGUCAAGACAUAUUUUUCAGAUCCACCUCAUACACGACUGCUGGAACGAAAGACCGGCGGACCGCCCUAUUAGCAUAAGGCAUUUUUGUGAAAAGGACGUGAGAAAUGAGACUUGUUUGAAGACGAUGAUGCCGAACAAGAACACCAAUCUAAUGGACCAUAUGUUCAACAUGUUGGAAGACUACACCACGACAUUAGAGUUGGAUGUCGAAGAACGAACAAAGCAACUGCAGGAGGAAAAGAAGAAGGCUGACGUCCUCUUGGGUAGGAUGUUGCCCAGGCAAGUAGCGGAUCGCUUGAAAUUAGGACAAACAGUGGAACCAGAGAGUUUCGAAAGCGUCACUGUGUUCUUUUCCGAUGUAGUCAAGUUUACUCAAUUAGCUGCUAAAUGCACAGUAUUUCAACUUGUAAACCUUCUCAACGAUCUCUACAAUGGAUUUGACUCGAUCAUUGAGGAGCACUCCGUAUACAAGGUGGAAUCGAUUGGCGAUGGAUAUUUGUGCGUCUCUGGGCUUCCGGUGAGAAAUGGUUAUGCUCAUAUCAGAGAGAUAGCUGAGCUGUCGCUAUCCUUCAUGAAAUUCAAUUUCUUGAAACUCGAAUUCACUGUAGGCUCUUGUGUCGCCUGUGUCGUUGGACUGAGUAUGCCUCGCUACUGCCUAUUCGGUGACACUGUGAACACUUCAUCACGAAUGGAAAGCAAUGGGAAACGUAAGUCCCCUAUCAAGAUUUAUUUUCGUGAAAGUUAG